AUGUGGCUGUGUGAUUCGUUUCUGUGGGUUGACCCGAGGGGAAUGCUGCCUUUUAUUUUUGCCUUUCUCCUUUUAGUAUAUUUUCUGAACAAAAAGGAUCCACCUAACUUUCCACCAGGACCGCCAUCUCUCCCUCUUUUAGGAAACAUUUUCAAUAUUGAAGCUAAACAGCCGCACGUUUACUUAACGAAGCUAGCUGACGUUUAUGGGAAUGUGUUCUGCAUACGUCUGGGAAGACACAAAACAGUGUUUGUGUCUGGGUGGAAGAUGGUGAAGGAAGCCCUAGUCACACAGGCCGACAAUUUUGUGGACCGGCCUUACAGCCCGAUGGUGACCAGAAUUUAUUCAGGGAACUCAGCGGGUCUUUUCUUCAGUAAUGGAAACGUGUGGAGGAGACAGCGGCGUUUUGCCAUGGCCAUGUUACGUACCUUUGGUCUGGCCAAGAGCUCCAUGGAGCAGAGCAUCUGUGAGGAGAGUCAUCAUCUGCAGGAGGUGAUGGAGAAGGAGAAAGGUGAGCCGUUUGACCCUGUGCCCCUUUUGAACAACGCUGUGGCCAACAUCAUCUGCCAGAUAGUGUUUGGGAGACGUUUCGACUACAGUGACCACAACUUCCAGAGCAUGCUGAACAACUUGACAGAGAUGGCUUAUCUGGAGGGCUCCAUAUGGGCUCUGCUGUAUGAUUCGUUCCCUGCACUGAUGAAACACCUGCCGGGGCCUCACAAUGGCAUCUUCAGCAACUCUAAGUCUUUGGAGGCAUCUAUAAGGGCAGAGAUAGAGAGGCACAAGUUGGAUCUGGACCCCAGCAACCCACGAGAUUACAUCGACACGUUUCUGAUAGAGGAGAAACACAACAGAAACAGUAAACUGGGUUUUGACGAAGGCAACCUGGUUCUGUGUUGUCUGGAUCUGUUCCUGGCUGGUAGUGAAACUACGUCCAAGACGCUACAGUGGGGCCUAAUCUACCUCAUCAAGAACCCUCAUAUCCAGGAAAAAGUCCAGGCAGAGAUAGACAGAGUGAUCGGACAGACCCAUCAGCCCACAAUGGCAGACAGACCCAACCUGCCCUACACUGACGCCGUCAUCCACGAGAUCCAGAGGAUGGGAAACAUCGUUCCUCUCAAUGGACUCAGAAUGGCCGCCAAGGAUACGACACUGGAUGGUUACGUCAUACCCAAGGGAACCUCAGUGAUGCCCAACCUGACCUCUGUGCUGUUUGACAAGACUGAAUGGGAAACUCCGGACAUCUUUAACCCCGAACACUUCCUGGACGCCGAAGGAAAGUUUGUGAGGAGGGACGCAUUUUUACCUUUCUCUGCAGGAAAGCGUGCAUGUCUGGGUGAAGGCCUGGCGAGAAUGGAGCUGUUUCUAUUUUUUGUCACAUUGUUCCAGAAGUUUUAUUUUUCUACUGUGAAUGGAGUCGAGCUGAGUACCGAAGCAAUCGUCGGGGCCACACGCACACCGUACCCCUUUAAGAUCUAUGCCAGAGUCCGCUGAGUCAUGCACCCCAUCCCAUACUAUGGACUGUGUGCUACAGUAA